CAGAUCACUGAAUAACAAUUCAAUAUCUUCCACACAGAACGGAACUUUUGCUGGAUUGACUAGACUUCAAUUUCUAUAUUUAGAUGGCAACUUAAUAUCUGACAUAAAGUUUUUUAGGACUCUACCGAACCUAUUAAGCGAACUAUCAUUAACUCGUAAUGCCCUUACAGAACUGGAAAAUGGAAUACUAGACGGAUUAAAUAAUCUGUAUACACUACGUCUUCAAAAUAAUAUGAUUUCGAAGAUUGGAAACGAAUUCUUUAGAAAUAAUGUCAUCCUACAUACAAUUGACCUAAGCAAUAAUAGAAUAUCACAUAUUCCGUGGGAUACUUUUAGCAGUAACAUGAACUUGAACAGUGUAAACCUGAAUGAUAAUCCUGUUUCGUGUGGGCAAAUAACAGGCGAAAUUUUUCUUAACUUUACAUGGAACGAAUGGUUGAGCAUACACAACGAUAUUAGAAUCCCACAAUCUUGUAUACACACACCUGUACACUCGCAGAACUACUGGUACAACAUAGAUGACAUUCGUGUUCUGUAUUUUACCGGUUUCAAUGGUAGACCACGCUAAGAUGCCUAACUUGGAAAAGAUUAUGGUUGUUAUCAGAUAAGAAACAUGCAAGAACAGAACAAAGGUUUGGUAAUAGAAAGCUUCCUAAUCGACCAAGAGGAAGAAGAUGGAGACUUUUGUGAACAUUUGUUGAAAGAGAUAUUAACAUGAGUCGCGUCUAUAUGGCAUUCAAAUCCAAAUGUUGGGGAGAACAUGCUUGUCAACAUUGCAAUGCCAUUUUCAGACAACAUCUCGGCAAACUAUGGACAGAGGCAAAACAAAGAACUAUGUAUGAGCUAGAGUAUCGCUUGCUACAUAAAUAAAUGACAUCAAAUCCCCAGACAAAAUAAAUGCCACAGAGUCUUAACCAAAGUGAAGAUUAUGCGAUGUGUAAGCGUUCAGGGAUGUCUCAAACAACGUUUAAAAAUAUUUUAAGUUACAUUAAACGGACAAGACAAUACAAAGAUGACGCCUAGAUCUGCAAAUAGAAAUAAUUAAGCAAAUAUUAAAAUACCAAAAAUAGUCCGAGGAAAAUUCAAAACCUAAACCCCAAUCAAAGGGCAAAUUCAAACUAUCUUUAACAACGUGUAUAACGUUCAUUUAUAAGAUUAGAAGGUUCAACUAUCAGUAUAGUUAUAUUUACACUGAUACAUAUUGUAUUGAGAGUCAUUAUGUCGAGUGUGUUCCAGUAUAUUAUUGUCUUUCUCUUAUUUUUAUUUACCGUUUUGCCCCUUAAGGCUUCAAAGUGCAUGUGACCUAUUGCUAUCCCUUAUGCGCUUCGUCGUCGUCGUGGUAAGUAAACAUUUCACUCUUUUAAAUAACUUUGAAAACCUCUUUCCAAUUCGAAAUGAUAUUUUCAUAACUGAUUUAUCAAAAGACGUCUUCGGAUGUAAAUAACACUUAACUAAUGACAAGCUCUCAUUUUGAUAUUGCUCACUUUCGAAUUCCUGUCGUUUGAAAAGAAACGGAUAAUUGUGUGACCCACUUCCUUUUAUGCAGUGAAAUUCAGUUUCAUAGAUUUUUUCUAAAAUACUCAACAAAUGAAAAAAACAAAAAUACAUAAUGUAACACUAUUUCAAAUCCCAAUUGUAUAUUCUUGUACGUGUCUACAAUAAAACAAAUUUAUUAUAUUUCUAGAAAUUUUUUCACAAAUUUACUUUUGAUUAUAUAAACAUCACAGUAAAAUACGUCUCUUUUUGUGGCGUUGAUACAUUAGUGUAAUGUACAGUUUAUAAUUCGUUUGUGGUGUCCAGAUGUGGUAUCGUAAAUUCGUGGUAUUUGUCUGUUGUUAUUCGGUGGUUUCUAUGUUGUAAUGUACUAUUAUAUUAUUUAUUUAUGUAUUUCACUCUCUAGAGUUUUAUUGUGUUUAUUUGUACUGUAUUCCGUUUACGUAAUUUUGCAAUUUAGCGGAAUUUUAAAAAUUGCCAAAAGAAGCGGGAGGUUUUGCUAGACAUAAAACCAGUUUCAACCAAACCUCUUUUCUUAAAAUGUUUUGUCACAAUUCAGGAAUAUGGCCGUUUCUAUUUCUAUGAAUGGUGGCCGGUUUGGGUUUUUUUUCUAAUUUUUUGCAGAUCAGUGUUUUUAUUGUUCUGUUGCUUUGCUCUAAUAGUUGAAAAGUUUCCUCGGUUUUCGUUUGUAACCCGAAUUUGUAUUCGCCUAAUCGAUUUAUGACCAAUGAACAGCGAUAUACCAUUGUAGCAUUUAUUUGUAUUUUUAUAGUAACAGCAAUUUGUUCUAAGGAAACUUUUAAUACAUAACGUUCUAGCGGAAAAUUACCAAUCAUUAAGUUUCAAUUCCGGAUGGAGUUAUAUU